UUAGGUAUCGACAUAGAUAGCGUAAGCUCAACAAUAAUGGCUGCCUUAAAUUGUGUUUGGGAUAUUUUUGAAAAAUAUGGAUACUCUCGUUUAUCGGCAGACAAACGGGUAGAGAUCUAUAAGAAUUGUAAUGAAAUCGGAAGCUUGUUCUAUAGACAAAAAUCAAACGAGGAUAUUGAUCUUGUAAUUGCUGGGAGCCGUGGGGAAGGAAUCGGAUUACAUUUCGACUGCGAUAUUGACAGACUCUUCAUUCAGCGUUCAGCUAUGGGUUUUCACUCAUACCCAGUAACCUCGGACCGUAAGCGUUUUGAUGCGGAAUUUGAACUUGACUUUGACCAUGCACCAAGCGGAUAUUGUCAAUUAAGAUUAAUGUCAAUACAAGAAAAAAUAGAUCCCGAUUCAAGAAACGCAAGUUUUCUACAAAAUAUAGAAAACUCCCUCAAUGAGCAAAAUGGACAUAAGUAUCUACGAAAUGAUCGAAUGCUGACAUCUGCAAUGAGUCAUUUAAAACAGGAAGGAUGGCUGGAAAGGAGCUUUGUAUAUGAUGUUGCUAAAGGGCCUGCACAACCGUAUGAAUGCAAACUACCUUACACAAAGUUUUCAUUAAACUUUGACGAUGUAUUGGCUUUACAAUGCUCUUAUCCCUCGAUAGUGAAUGAGUGGUGUGAUCGUCAAAGACAUCACGGUUGGCCAAGUUCAGAUGUGAUCGAAGAGGUGAGACGUUUAGAUGUUCUUGCUGUACCGGUCGGAGAGACAGAAGAUGACGUAAUGCAACGGAGAAUCAGCUUAGUGCUUGGAGAACUCGCACUAGUACGUUCUUUUAAUGACACACAAUUAAAAGUAUAUGGUGCAUUAAAAAUGCUUGCAAAGGCCGUUUUGAAGAAAUCAAGUGAAAACCUGUCAUCGUAUGUGAUGAAAAAAUGUUAUAUUUUGGAUAUCAGAGAGUACAGACAUUCACAAUUUUGAGAGAAAUCAAUUCUUACAUCGGGUCAUAGACGGGCUGAAAUAUUUGCGUAAGUGUGUGUAUGACAGAAACCUUCCAAAUUACAUGAUCCCAGGAAGAAACUUGUUGAUACACAAGAUAUCAGAAAAUGAAAAAGUCAAAGUAUUACAGGACUUGGAUAAUUUCCUCUCAGACGGUGAAAGCGUACUAUUACAAUGUCCAGAGAUCAAACAUCUUCUUGGUCAAGUCGCUCAGAUAAGAUCAAGGAUGAUUGACAAGAACGAAAACGCGGAGCAGGCGAUUAUUUCUUUGUUUUCACUCCCACCUUUAAAGGGUUUAGAAAUUAUGCUACAGUUAUUCAAAAUAAAGACAGGCGAAGAUUUAAUCAAUUUCUGUAGGAAACACAUUUUUCCAAUGAUAAGAGAGACAAAUCCAUUUGGAUUUUUCGACGACUUCAGCAGCAAGACUGACGAAGAAAUUUUAGAGUUCGUAGAAAGACCAGAGUCAACGCUCGCCGGUAGCACAGAGGAGAAUGUCUCGGAACAAGCGGCUGAGAUAGAGGUUUGUGAAGGCAUUGAUGCUUUGAAUUAAAGAUAGUCGCCGACAAAAAAGAUGUUUGGUGCCAGCUGAUGUACAUAGCAAAGCUAAGAAACAGGAAAAUAUCAUUGAAAAAACAGUUGGAAAGAAUCAAGUACAGUAUGAAGUUAAGAUAUAGAUGCCAGCGCUAAAAGCAUUGCAUCAAAUAAAACACACAUAUAUCUGGAUAAAACAUUUAAACUGAGAAGUGAUGUAAUCUUUUGAAAGAUUAUUGGACUCUUUUUUAACAAAUUAUAUAUGUUUUACUUGUUUGAUCGAAU